UGAGAGAAGCCGGGACGUCUGGCGAUUCGCCGGCAAAGUUGGUGGCUGAAGCAUUCGAUGCUCGGAAUCUCUGAAGUGUAGGGGGAGAAACGGAGGAAAACGAAUCGAACAUCGACGUUCGCGCCGUUUUUGUGUUUUGUGAUCAUCAUCAUACCCUCUCAGUCCAAUUGUUUUUCAUUAUUUCUUCUCUGUCGGGAUUGUACGCUGUAAAAAAAAUGAUGCCAAGAAGAUGGGUACCUAAAAAGACGAGAUGAAGUUUUAGUGUCUAUAAGUGUUUAUCCGAGACAGUGUGUUUGUUUUGUGUUUUUUUUUCCUUCACUCACAUCGUACAGGGCAUUAAUUUUAUGUUUAUAAAGUGUUGUGUGUGAGGACCAUGCCGCACGGGGGCGAACCCAGAGCCGGAGAGGACCUGUUCCCAUCGGAUGAAAUAAAAGUGUUUAAAGAAGAAGGAGAUGAGGAUGAGCAUCAGUCCUCCGAAAAUUUGACAGAAGUGAAAACUAGUCUUGUGACUGAAGGGGAAGAGGAGAAGAGUUCUAAUGUUCCUGGCCCGAGUGAAUAUGGGUCGCCUCCUAAAAAUUCUUCAGAUGUCUGCAGGCCAGACAGUGCUUCACAUACUGGGAAAAGCUUCGAUCACAUACCACCCCAUUCAGCAGGUCCUAUUCCAUACCUGGUAUCCUCCUAUCAUCCACAUAAUGGAUCUCUGGGACCCAUGCCCAUGGCGGGCAAGGUGCCAAUGGUCCCUCCGCAUUCCGGUUCGCCUUUGCCGUUUAUGGUGAAUAUUCACGGUGAACCAUUUCCCCCUCAACCACCACCAGCUCAUAUGGGAAUUCCUCCUGUAACGAUAGAUCCAAAAACUGGCAUACCAAGCCGGACGAUGUACAUAGGUCCGCCGGCACAAUAUCCGCCUGUUUUCACACCAGAUUUUACUCAUCAAAUUCAGUGGCACCCGCCCUCUCUUUACCCGACGACUUCGGCCGGUUUCCGAAGCGCCUAUUCAUCUGCCUUGCCUGUCACGUCUGCGAAUCUUCCAAGGUUCAGUCCGCCAACGAUACUGACGCACUAUCCGGGUAUCUCUCAUCCUGCCCUUAUUACAUCUGGACCAAAACAGGAGUUAUCUUUACAUCACACCAACCACAGGUAUCCACUGAGCUUGCCAGAAUACUCUGAACAAAAAUACAGUCCCAAGUCUUUAGUGCCAACUAGUACUCAUAAUAACAACAAUAAUGACAUGACCAAUAAUAAUGGAGAGAGAAAAACGCACAUUAAAAAACCCCUUAAUGCUUUCAUGCUUUACAUGAAAGAAAUGCGAGCCAAAGUCGUGGCGGAGUGUACCUUGAAGGAAAGUGCAGCUAUCAACCAAAUACUCGGCCGAAAGUGGCACGGCCUGUCACGUGAUGAACAGGCAAAGUAUUAUGAAAUGGCUCGAAAGGAACGCCAGCUUCAUAUGCAAAAGUACCCUGGCUGGAGUGCGCGUGAUAACUACGCUCUCCAAGUCAAGAAAAAGAAACGAAAAAGGGAUAGAACUCAAGAUGGAGACGGCAACAACCUCAAGAAGUGCAGAGCCAGGUUUGGUCUAGACCAACAGAACAGUUGGUGUAAACCUUGCAGGCGAAAAAAGAAGUGCAUUCGUUACCUGGACGGUGCUGAUAACUCUUUAGAGAGUGAGGACAAUUUGGGUAGUGCCGGAAGUGUCGAGGCACCCACACCCGAUUCCAAUAAGACUGAAGAUACUGACAGUCAAGAUUUGGACACUAUUCAAAACAAUAAUUCUCCUCUCAGUCCGUGUACUGAUGAAAUGGACACCAAACCUAGACUCGACAGCAACGGAAUGCUGCGACCGCAGAGUCCUCUUCAACAGCAUUUGUAUCACCAUCCUUACAGUGUACGUCAGCUCAUUCAGCCUCAUCAUUUUGACAGUCAUCAUCAUCAUCAUCACCGCGCCUCACCUAUGAAGACUUCUUUGAUUACUAGGACGGACCCUAUGUCUAGGUUUCAGAGUCCUUCUGAAGUGUCCACAGCCAGUCAGCAGCCACCUCCACCACCAAUGCUCACCGUUACGUAGAAGCAGGUGGAGGACACAAACUUUAAUGGAACAGGCAUUUAAUAGUUACUUCAUUAAAUGAUGUGUGGUGUGCAUUUAGUUUGAUUAUCAAGUAAUGGAUUUAUUGUAUAAAAUAUUUAUCUAAAGGAAAAAUAAUAGCUGUUCAAAAAUGUGUUCUUUCACAGUUCAAUUAAAAAUGAUUUUGUAAGAUAUACUAGUAAUAUUUUUUUUUAAAUGAAAAAUAUAUAUAGUUGAUUUAUUUGUGUAUCUUUCAAAUGACUAGUUUUAUUAUUGAUCAUAUUGGUUAUGAAGCAUAAAUGAUUUAAUUUAUUAUAUUUAUAAUGAAAUGUAAGAAAUGCUCAAAUAUAUGGUUUAAAAACUUAUCUUGUUUCAUGUUUGAGCUGCAUUUGCAUUAAAAAUUAUUAUUAAUUGUUUAAAUUAAUUCUUUUUAUUUCAAAACAAUUAUUUUUAAUAAAAAUGUAAAGACGUAAAGGUGAGAAAGCUGUAAAGAAUAUGACAAUUAAUCUUGUUUGUAUUUAUUGUAGUUUAUUGCAUUUCUUUUUAAGCUGUUUUCUAAUUAUUGUUGAAAUUUUGUUUUAUCAAAUUUUUUUUCUUUGGUUUUGUGCUUUUUUGCAUUUUACUACUUUAACAAUUUUACGCCUCAAUUUUGUUCUUUUAAACAAUGUAAAUUUUAUGCUAAUAAACUGUUUUAGUAUUUCUGCUAGAGAAAUAACAUUUAUGGUUCAUUUCCAUCUAUUUAAAAUAUUUUGUUCAAGUGAUGAAUUUUAUAUUAAGGCCAAUGAGUGCUAUAUUUUUUUUUUUUUUUAAACAAACAUUGUCUGUGGCAAAGAUUUUAAUCAUAAAAUAUCGAAAUUAUGUUUGAGUUCCUUUUUUAUUGAGUGAUUUUGCAGUGUAUAAUUUCAUGUAUAUAUUUAUCGUAUUGUUGUGUAGUUAUAAAUUUUUUUAACAUUGUGUAAUGGUACCAGUUUUUUGACAAUCAAGUUUCCAUUUCUUUGCAUCUUUUUUAUGCCCGAAUAGUUAUUAAAAUUCAGUGUUCGGUUUCCCGUUUUAGAUUUCCUCGACCGUUCAAAAUUCCGAAACAUUUGGAAUUUUAGAUUAAUUCAAAAUCUUGAAUUAAUUCAGUCAGUUGUAAAUUUUCAGUUCUGCCCAUUUUAUUUAGAGUGUACCUCUUAAUCCGUGGAAAUUUGAUUGUCAAAACUUUAAAACCAAUUUUGAAUAACUAUUUACUUUUCUUUUUUGGAAUUUUGAAUGGCCGACGAGACGAUUUAUUUGGGAAAAUUCGAACGACUGAAUUUUAUGAACUGUUCGGGCAGUUUUUUAUAAACGCUAUUUAAUUGAAUAGUAAAACAUGAUUUUUAACUGCCACGUCUUUCAUUUGAGACGAAACUAGUUACAUUUUUGCAUUAUCAAUUCAUUCAAAAUCAUCAUUAAUAGGAUGACCUAAAAAUAUGGCAUAAUAGGGUAAUUAUUUGUUUUAUUUAUAAAAUUAUUCUUUUCUUCCAUAAAAUUUUGUCUGAUUAUUUAAAGUUUUAAAUAUAGAUAUAUAUCUUUUGUGUUAAUAAAACCAGUGAAGACUUCACUUAUUAAGACUGAAUAAUCAAUCCAGUUAAAUAAUUUUAAAUACUUUUUAAUCGUAAAGGUUGUUAUAUUCUUAGACUAUGCAUACAAUUGCUAAUCAUUCUUUAUAUUUUAUCUCCUUUGUGUGUCAUUUUUAGCUCAUGAAUUUAUGUUUUAUGCCUAUAUUGUAUUAUUAAGACUCAUAUAUAUACUUCCAUUUGCUGUGAUAUAAGUACUACAUUGCAAUGUAAACAUCAUAUUGUAAUUUCAGACAUAAAAUAUUAGUACUCUUUAGAGCAUAGAAGUUUAUGGAUACCUACACUAUUUUAAAUAAGUAUUAAAAUGAGUUCUAAUCCAUUAUAUUGAAGCUAUUUUAAAAUACUGGUAUUUAUGCAUGCUUACUGUUUUUUAGAUAUUAAAAUCACUUCUAAAUCAUUAUAAUGUGGUUUAAAAUGCUUACUCUCAUUCAUAAAUAACCAUUUUUAGUUACUGAAACUAUAAUAUUAUAAUUUCAAAUUCUGACUUGUUUGAAACUAGUAAAAAUGUUUUUUAGAAAUUCUGACUUAUAUACAUGUUUAUGCAAUUUUAGUUAUUGAAAUCCUUACAUUAUGAUUUCAAACAAUAAUAUGAAUGCUAUUUCAAACCAUUAUAUUGUAGUUUCAAAUCCAGAUAAUUCGAAACUAAUGCACGAGCUAUUUUUAAAUACUGGUAUUUAUGCAUACUUACUAUUUUUUAGAUAUUAAAAUUACUUCUAAAUCAUUAUAGUGUGGUUUCAAAUUCAAAUAAUUAUACAUUUGUCUGAGUACUAUUUUAAAAUGCCCGCUUUCAUUCUUAAUGAACCAUUUUUUAGUUAUUGAAACUAUUAUAUUGUAAUCUCAAAUUAUAAUGACUUGAAAUGAGUAAAAAUAUUAUUUUAAAAUUCUGAUGAGUAUAUUUGCUUAAACAUUUUCAGAUAUUAAAAUCAUAUAAAAUCAUUACAUCAUAAUUUCAAACAAUAAUAUAAGUGCUAUUUCAAAAAUACAUGCAUACCCACUUUACUAAAACCAUUUCUUUUUUUUUUUUUUUUUUACAAUUUUAGACAAUAAUAAGAGGGUUUUUUUAGAAAAUGCAUUAUACUCACAUCAUCAGUUAUUUAAACAUGGCCCUGUCAUACAUGAAUGCGUUGAAUUUUUUGACCGUUUAUAACUCUUUUGAUAUAAAAUAAUUUGCACACAAUACAUUAAAAUUGUGUGAUUUAUUUUUAAUUAAAUACUGUUACCUAAGAUAAAUUAAAAUUUCACUCAAAUUUAAACGUUAGAAGUCUGUUCCGUGCAUUGCGAGAGGUUGAAAAAUGCUAUUGUAAAUAUUCAUUCUCAUUGGAACUGCUGCUGUGAACAAAGCAUUUCUAAUCAUCUUUAAAAGCAGAAUAUUGGAUGUAUGUAGAUUUGAACAUUAUUCUCUCUAUGUACCGAUUGAUCAAAUUUAUGGAUGGAUUCAAUUAUGAGUUCAAUUGUGCUUGUAAAAUUGUGUUGAGUGUGAUAAAGGCAAUGUUUUACUGAGAAAAUCAAAACUUUAUGCAUCUGUUUUAUUAUUAUUUUUUAAUAGAUUACCCAGUUUUUUUUAUAUAUAUUUUGUGCAAUAUUGAAACGCCUCGAGUCACGUUAUAAAUUUAAUACAGGUUAUAAUUUUUUUUUAUUGAAAAUGAUGCGAGUUAAAUAAGUAUUGAUAGGUCUUGAAGCUUUUUAAGAAAAUAAAUAUGGGUAGCUUAGUGAUUUUUAAUUGGGGGUCCCAUAUUAAAGUGUUUUUGAGUGAAAAUACAUCUACUUUAAGUAUUUAAUAUCUUUUAGAGAGCAAAGCAUUCGUCACAAUUUGCUUCCACUGCUCAUUUUUUUUAAAUGUAGUUUUGAUAUUUUGGGACCUAUGGUACUUUCAUUUUUAGUCCAUUUUAAUGAAACAUUCCAAAAGAAGUUCAGUCUUGUUUAAAUUUAAAAUGCAAUAAAAAGGAUUCGUAAAUUCCAUGCGACUAAUUACCAAGCUAAAGCAGUUAAUUCAUUAAAUUGAAAAAAAAAUUUUUUUGAAAGUAAUUUGAAAAUGGCUAAAUUUUAAAGCUUUGCUGUUGUAUAUCUACAAUAAGUAUGAAGGUUAAAAUGACUGGGGAGGAUAUUGUAUGAAUGUUUGUUUGAAAACAAAUUGAUUUUCAAAAUGUUGUAUUGUGCAGAAAAUAAAUUUUUUUUUGUUCCUUAAAUACGCGCACACGUCCACUCGUUCUUUUUCGUUUCUUUUCUUCCUUUUUUGUUUUGACAGUGCAAUUUUUCUUUCCCUUUUCUUAAAAAAAAAGUUUGUUAGUUUGAAUAAUUAUUUUGUUUGUUUGUCUGGUGUUUUCUGUCUGAUUUGAUUCAUUAUGAUUGAUUUCACUGGUUUCUUUUGCAAUUGUUGAUUUGAAUUAGUAUCUUUCUUUGAUGAAAGAUACAAUGUAAAAUACUGAUGUACAAAGCUUGAAAAUAUUGUAAAUGUUAAGAUAAUUCUUUGUAAAAUUGCCAAAUAAAGAUUGUACAAUUAUAAUACAUAAA